AUGAGCUUGCUAUGCACAUGCGGCAUCCGCCAAGCUCGUCUACUUCCUCGGCCACCGCAAACGCUGCGGAGAAAGGCCAGCGUUCGUCUUCAUUCGACAAUCGACGAAGUGAGCAAGCCGCUGCCUCGAGCAGGCCCUACCCAUCCUGCACCUGGCCCGAAGAUCCUGCCCCGACCAGCUCGGCCUGACGAACAAAGGUCUUUGCCUGAUUCGCUACCUCGUGAAGAAUAUGCAAGCCCGGUCAUCACGACACUCUCUAUCUUUCGACGCAUGUUCAAGUACGCUGUAUACGGAUCUGUGGGCCUGGUAGUCACAGGCCUGACGGUCUGGCAAGGCACUCACAUGUGGGUGGAGUAUGUUGAGCUGGGUGCUCGCAACCGUCAACGCGCAAGGAGCGAUGCAGAGCAGCUCUACGGAUUUGAAGAAGAUUCUCCUUCAGCUUGGUCAGGCGGCUACCUAGGUGGAGGCACUGACCCUCGGCUGCCUUGGAAAGUCAAAGCAUGCAUUCGAGGAGCUUGGAUAUCCCUCAAAUGGGACGGAGGCCCAAUCUCGACGAUUGCCUCGACUGCCCCUGGACCGUUUACGGACGCCAAUAUUGGCCCCCGCACGCCGGGCGCAGCUCUCAUCGAUCUCGAACAAGCUCAGGCUGCCGGUCAGACUGCUAAAGUACCUGCGAUCUAUGUAGCCGACCGAGGCUAUGCGCUUGCCGAGGCUUACCUUGUCGCUGCUAUCGGUGCGGCAGAAUUGAAGGGUAUCUCCCUUGACUCGUCAGACCAGGCCAUACUAGAGCUUGAGGAGCGUCUGGCCGACGUCCGGGAACGCAUGGGCGGAUACAAAGGCCUCCGAGAGGCUCGCAAUGGGCGAGAGAGGAUAUACGAAGCCCUCAAGGCCAACAAUCCUGAUCCUUCACCCGUUGUACUGCCCAGGUACAGCUGGGCCUCUCGCGGACCUCAGUGGCGACAUCGCGAGCUAGUCCGCGCUUCGAGAAAGCUCGGUCAGGUCACCCUUCGCCUGGCUGAGGAAACUCUCAAGAAGGGAUCGCUACAGCAGCGGGAGAUCGAGCGAGCCCGACACUUGCUCGCUUGGUCCGUCGCAGAGGGUCUCGUGCUCGAUCACGACCGCGAUGACAUCCGCCGCGAGGCUGUCGCGAUUGCUCCGCCUGCCGUACGCGACGCGACGAACGAUAGCUGGUGGCACAGGAUCGGUCUCUCUAGCCCCGUUACUGCGCCUCAUCAGGAGGAUCGCAAGCCUUCACAGCUCCUUCUAGAGCUUGGUCGUCUCGCUCUAGACCCGCUCGCUCUCUCGCCCAUGCGUCAGGGCGACCAGAGCUUCGUCCCAUCUCUCGCCCGAGCGCUGCUUCUAUCCGUACAAGCACUAUCGACCGCAGAAGCCAAGUCGGGUAAUUUGCACGAGGCACUCGAGCUCGAUCUGGUCUCAAUGAAGCUCAUCGACGCCUUGCGAUCGCCACCACCGGGUGCAGGACAACCUCAAAGUACAGCGGCCGCCCUUGUGAGACGAUUGCAUAUGAAUUGGCUCGAUACCCGACAAGCACUCUUUGCGACUUAUGCUGCCGAAAUCUUGCGAGCGCAGGGCCAGGCAGAAACAGCAUCGCUCAAUCUCCUCCGAUCCAGCGUAGACGCUUGCAAAGCCACAAAUCAGGCACUAUCGGCUCUCACCGAUCUUACAGCAAUUCCGAAAGCCUUUACCCGAUUUACAAAGACAAUUGCAAGCAGCACAGAGCAGUUUAUGUUCCAGCGCUUGCAGCAGCCUGCUACUGAUAUUCUCAGGGAUGCGCGGCUCGUCGGUACGAUGGCAGCCAAUCUGGGCGGUAUCAUACAUGAACAAGGAUGUGGCGACACGCCGAGGAACAGGCAGCUCUCCGCGAAGAAACGCGCUGCUUUGAAGGCGAAGAGCUGGUGUGGCGGCGACAGGACAGCCAUGCAAUUCUACGAGACUGCCAUGGACUUUGCAGCCGGAAGGUCUCCUCGGGCAAAAGAGGGUGUGCAGCCCAAAGGCGAAGACGUCGAUGUGGCUGGAUGGCGCGAAGCCUGGAACAGAUUCGUCCGUACUCGUGCCAGGGUACAGAAAGCUCCUCAAGCUUGA